CUGUUCUGUUCCCCGCUCUGACUCUGGUGAAUUCUCUCACUCUCCUGCGCCUCUAACUGUACCCCAGUGCUUAUAUGCAUAAACAAAUUAAAAAAAAGGUACAGUAAAUUGUAAACCCAUUCUACCAGUUAUGGACUUGUGGGUCCUUUCGUGCCCCUUCUAAAAGUGUGAACACUGCUGUCACACGCAGUGACUCUCUGGUCUCUCCCAUGCAGUGUGGGGCGCUCUGGACAGGAGACUCCAGGAGCAGCAGCCUUAGUCCUCUCCUGUGGGACUCCAUCCCCUCUCCAGCUCCAGCCCCACAGCCCUCAGGCAUCUGUGAGAGCAGCAGACAAUGAAGAAAUCUCUGGAACCCUUGACUUUCAGAGAUGUGGCCAUAGAAUUCUCGGAGGAGGAGCAGGACUGCCUGGACCCAGCACAGUGGAAAUUGUACUGGGACGUGAUGUUCGAGACCUACAGGAACCUGGCGUCCUUGGGUCUUGCUGUGUCUAAGCCCGACCUGGUUGUCUUGUUGGAGCAAAGGAUGGAGCCCUGGGAUGUGAAGAGAAGUGCAGAUCCCGUCCUCCUCUCAGGGGACCGCGUGUUCUCCUGA